UUCGCCAUCGCCAUCAUGUUCAGGCAUUACGGCAUCUUUUCCGAUCACCACAAUCACAAUAGCUCGCACACCACCCAAUCCCAUCCGCCGACCCUCUCCCUCGCACGAGUCCUCGCCGGAGAAGCCUCUAAGCUCCGAUUCCGGGAUUCGAGUAGCAUCGAAAUGGGUGGUGGGAAGGAAACGGAUCGUGCUUGCUCGAGCUUGUGGCUCGCUCCUAACCCCAGUAAGAGAUGGGGGGAGCUCUUCUUCCUCUGCUACACUCCCUUCUGGCUCACUCUCUGCCUGGGGAUCGUCGUCCCCUACAAGCUCUACGAGAACUUCACGGAGUUGGAGUACCUGCUCUUGGGAUUGAUUUCGGCAGUCCCUUCAUUCUUGAUACCAAUGCUGUUUGCUGGCAAGGCUGAUCGAAAUAUGUCCUGGACGGAUCGAUACUGGGUUAAGGCUAGUCUCUGGAUAAUCAUUUUCAGCUAUGUCGGGAAUUACUUUUGGACUCACUAUUUCUUCACAGUGCUAGGAGCUUCGUAUACCUUCCCAUCCUGGAAGAUGAACAAUGUCCCCCAUACAACCUUCCUCCUCACUCACGUUUGCUUUUUGUUUUAUCAUGUCUCUUCGAACAUGACGCUCCGUAGACUGAGGCAUUCUAUUGCACACUUGCCGGAAAAGGUCCAAUGGACCUUUGAGGCUGCAUGGAUCCUGGCUCUCUCUUAUUUCAUCGCUUACCUGGAGACUUUGGCUAUUUCUAAUUUCCCUUAUUAUUCAUUUGUAGACCGAGCAUCCAUGUACAAAGUCGGAUCCUUAUUCUACGCAAUAUACUUCAUUGUGAGCUUCCCCAUGUUUCUGAGGAUUGAUGAGAAGCCUGGGAAUCCAUGGGACCUCCCAAGAGUGGCUAUAGAUGCUUUAGGCGCUGCAAUGCUCGUCACCAUAAUACUCGAUUUAUGGCGCAUUUUUCUUGGGCCCAUCGUCCCGAUCCCCGACUCCCAGCAGUGCCUUCAGCCUGGACUCCCUUGGUUUCCUGGACGUUCUGAACAACGUUGAAAGCUCUCUCGCAUGCUUGAAUAUUGCUGAUCUGAAGUCCAGAGAUAUGUAAACUGUAUUCUUCUUGUGGGAGGACACCCACAUUUGCAGAAGUACUUUAGGAUUAUCUUAAAGGUAGAGAGUUCUCUUUUUUAUUGCAUGAAAUCAUAUUCAGCAGUUACGCUUGUGAGUUUAGGCACACCACAGAAACAUAUGAUCCCUCGCCAUCAAAUGUCUCUGGACAAACCCAUGGGACAAGGUAUGGCUGUAUCGCAUUAUAGGUCCUCGGUAGACAUGAAUGAGACAGUUCCAUGGCCGUUCUGUUAUCAUAAAAAUGGUUUUAAGGCUUCUUCCA